AUGCACGAGGAAGAAAUAUACUGUUCUCUUCAGUGGGACAGUCCACCUGAGGAGGGCUCUCAGAAAUGUCUAUCUCCUUGCAAAUGUUCAGGAACAUGGUGUGUUGUGACGGUGAUUUCCUGUGUGUUCUGUGUGGGUUUGUUAGCAACAUCCAUUUUCUUGGGCAUCAAGUUUUUCCAGGUGUCCUCUCUUGCAAUGAAUCAGCAGGAAAGACUCAUUCAACAGGACAAACAAUUGCUGAACCUCACACAGUGGCAGAGAAACUACACCCUGCAGAUGAAAAACUGCCAAGCCUUGCAACAGAGAUCUCCCCGUUCAGGUAGUAACUGCAGCCCUUGUCCACACAACUGGAUUCAGAAUGGAAGAAGCUGUUACUAUUUCUUUCAAAUCUGGGAAAUUUGGAAUCGCAGUAAGGAGAAUUGUUUAAAGGAAGGCGCCAGUCUCCUUCAAAUAGACAGCAAAGAAGAAAUGGAUUUUCUCAUCCAGAGCCUAUGGAAAUUCAAAGAUGGGUACUGGGUGGGAGUGUAUCAUGAUGAACCCAGUCGAUCUUGGUUCUGGUUAGAUGGCUCUUCUCCUCUCUCUGACUUGUUGCCAACAGAGAGACAGUUACCUUCCAGCCAGAUCUGCGGAUACCUCAAAGACCAAUCCCUCUUCUCAGAUAACUGCAGCAGCUGGAAAUAUUUUAUCUGUGAGAAAAACGCACUAGGAUCCUGCAUCUAA